UUGUAGAUCCUUGUGAUGAAUGUCUUCUGUCCAAAGCAACAGUCCAGUGCAGACAAUGCUGGAUUGAGGUGUGUCUACCCUGUUUCAAUAAGAUUCAUGCUCCAUGGGCACUAAGAAAGCAUAAGCCUGAGGCCUUGAUUGUCCCUGUAGCUGCAUGUUUUUACUUGCUGCCAUAUUGUUUAGACCAUUCUCAAAAUCUGGCGACUAUGCUUUGCUUAUCUUGUUCAGAUGAAGGUUCUGAGACGUAUGUAUGUACAACCUGCCAGCGAAGUAAAAAACAUGAAGGCCACAACUUCUUGGAUGUAGCAUCUCCUACACCUAACCUCACCGAAUUCAAGAGUGUUAAGAGUGAGAUGGAAGUUAACCUUAAACUCCUACGAGAGAGAGUUGAGAUGUGCUACUCAUUUCGACAGAAAGCCUUACAGUACAGAGAUCAUGAAAUCACAAGGGUGCGAACAUUCAUGCAGCGUUUGCAUGGUCUUUUGCAGAUGCAAGAACGCACCAUUCUGUCAAAAAUCUUCAAUUUAAGUAAACGUCUCCAAGAUGAUUUGCUAAAGGAGCAAGCUGAUAAGGAAAAGGAAAUCGACAAAUGUGAAUCGGUUUUAAAGUACGGAGAACUUCUCUUAAACGGAGAGGCACCGUCUGUAAACUUUUCAAAAUUUCUUGGCGAACUGAAGAGAAUUUUAAAUUCAAUUUCCCAGCCCAGUUUGGAGAGCAAUGCUGUGUUUUUCAAGUGUAAGGUCAACGAGGGCCUGGAAAAUACAUUAUCAGACUGUAUAACAGUUGAAGAAGUCGGCUGCAGUAUUCAGGCUCUGGAAGAUAAUUUGACAGGAUUUAGUAAAACAACCAGUGGUUCUGCAGUUGGUGCUAUCAAUUGUCGUGACAUUAGUGUCAAGAAGGAAGAAAUUUCACCAAAGCAUAGUAAGGUUGAUUCAGCUUUUGUUUCAAGAACCACUGAUGGCAUUGCUGAAAUACAAGAUUUGCUCAUACCAGAAAGCUUCGUCAAAGGUGUUGGAGACAGAAAAGCUGAAAUGCCAUCAUCAGGUUCAAAAGGCACUAAAAUGUCUGCUCUGGAAUUGAUAAGCAGUACCAAGCCUCCUGAAAAUUAUGCAGUUAAUUCAGACCUUCAGCAAAUGUGUUCAAAUGAAAAUGGUACAGAUUUGCUUAGUCAUAGAACUCCAGACCAGGAAGGUAUAGUUUUACAACCUGUUAAAGAAGAUUUAGAUGUCAUCAAAAGCGAUCCUUGUAGAGAAGAAAGGACAGAGAUUUUAGUCAAAAUUGAAUCUGACGAUACUGAAAGUUCAGCUCAAAAUUUCCAGGGUGAUGUACAGGAGCAUGAGGAUAACUUAUUGUCUGGUGCUAACGAAACCAGCAGUGAUCAGGGAGCUGUAUUAAUGGAUGACUCAUGGAUAUCUUCUGGAGCUCGGCCAAAGGUGACAAAAGCGUUGUAUAGCUUACUAAAUGAAUCAGAUUCUACAAAUUCUUUGAGGACAUUUCCUGUUCCAAGAACACUAUCAGAUAGCAAGUUACAUUUUCCACCAUCCCGUGCUCAGAACUCUGAGACAUCAGUGUUGAUGGAGGAGCAUGUAAGAGUAGCAUUUGUUGAGAGUCCUUCUUUAUUUUAUGUGCAGAGAAGCAUUGAUUUUAGUUGGAUCAUGAGUCUAGGUCAUAAGUUGAAUAGAAUUGCAAGAGAGGCAUCCAGAAUGUUGAAACUGUACCAUUUGUCGGAAAGUUAUACAUCUGCUGCUUCACAGUUGAUGAAAGUGGUAUCGAGCUCUUGUGUUGUCCGUAUUGCCGGAUUCUCAAGAAGUUGUGUCAAGUAUGUUGAUUAUGGCAAUGAAGAAAACCAUCAAAACUUCUAGGUUGAGAGAAUGCCCUCCUCCUUACCAGCUUGAGAACUUGCCACCUUUCUGUAUGGCAUGCUCUCUCUGGGAAGUCAUCCCAGCUAGAGGAGAUUUCUGGGAUGCUGAAGCUGUGGAAAUAUUCUGUAAGCUUGUAAGAGAUGUCUCCUUGCGUUAUACGUGAUUGACUGUGAACAGUACAAGAUGUAAAUAAGUUUUUGGUCGAUUUACGCAGGCCAGGGAGAACGACUGGCAUAUCAAACGACCUCCCACUGUCCAUUCGAGAAGUUUUGAUCUUCUUGGGGUAUGGUAUAUAUGUGAAUAAGUCUCCUCAAGAUCAGUACAAGAAGGAGAUGACACCAGUAAGAAGCUACUAUCGUCCAGAGUUACCUUUUGGAAAAUGUGAUAUUGAAGUCUUAGUUUCUCAUGCGAAAUCUCCUAAUGAAUUUUAUCUUCAGCUGAAAAGUAACUGUGAUUGUUUGACAUCUUUGAUGAAUGAAUUGCAGUUACAUUACAAUUCAUCAUCAUUAGUAGGGAACUUGGAUUGGCAUAUAUUUGCUCCAAAAAUAGGUAUGCUCUGUGUAGCUAAGUAUAGUGUGAUGAGAAGUGGUAUCGUGCUAUUAUUGUUGACCUGCCAGGUUAUAGAAAAGUUGAUGUCUUUUAUGUGGAUUUUGGGAACCAAGAAAGGCUUUGGUACAAGCAGGUUACAAAAUUGCUGACAGAUUUACUUUAUUUCCAAUGCAGGCAGUUCCAUGUAGUCUUCUAGAUAUUGAGCCAUAUAGUGAAAGGUGGGUCCCAAACAUUGCAGAUAUGAUGACUGGUAUACUAGAGUCUCAAAAGAUAUUGGUUAUGUUCCACUCCUAUGAAGAUGAAAAGGCUUUAGUAAAUUUAUCAUUACACAGUGAUGGAUGCAAAAUUGAUUGUGGAGAUAGGCUGAUACAAUUGGGUCUUGCCAAGAGUAGUUUCAAAAGACUUGAGAAAUUGCAUAGCAAAAAAUUGGGUUCCCAGAAGUGGGCGCAAAUAGAUGGGGAAGAAUGAAGCACACAAAUAUGAGACACUGGCUGAAGUCAAGAAACUUGGGGGAUAUAUAUCGAGAAAUAAGAGGAAGUGACAUGUCUCUCAGUGACAUCUCCAUCUUGUAUCCAUAUGCGACAGACCUAAUGUCCACUGUAUUCAAGGAACUUCAAGAUAAAUUAAUACAAGAGAUGCAGACUAAAACAUCAUCCAACAUCAGUCCUGAGAUUGGUGAUGUUUGCAUAGCCAGUUAUAAGCCAAGCACCUAUGCUCGUGUCAAGUUAUUAGAUGUGACAGAUCAUGAAUUUUUGGUGCACUUUAUUGAUUGUGGUGGAAUUCAGAAAGUUAAACAAGCAGAUCUCUUCAAAUUACCAGAAGGCUUGGCUGAAACAAAGCCAUUAAGUCUUUCAGUGAGACUAGCAGACAUUAUUCCUCCAGGUGGGACCAAAAUGGCAUG